UGCAGUCGGUUUGUGUGCAGUCUGCAGUGAGGCUGAGGCAGUGUCGCAGCAUGGAGCUUGGUCAUGUGUUGACGUUGUGUGCGGUGUUUGUGAUGAACCCGUUGCCUUCCGACUCCGGACAGACUCGCAGGCUCGCAGACGGCGAUGCUCUCCUACUGGCCAGGUGUGACGCCGCCUGCAAGGGCCUCGGAAGGCAGUGUGUCGAAAAAUGCCAGAAAGUAACCAAGGAUAAGCCAGGAUAUUGCACCGAUGACAUAACGGUCCUGGAAGGAGCUUGCAUUGUGGAAUGUGAUCAGGAUACUCAAUGCCAGGGAACUAAGAAGUGUUGUCAGCACUCUUGUGGCUACACAUGCCAAAAUGCUACUGGCCUAGACGCAAUUCCAGAAUUGCCCCCAAUUCCCUACCAACCAUUUGUGACGGAGUUACGCAAAAAAUUGGCUCAGUUGAGAUGGCGUUGGAAGGGCGACGACACGAGUAUGCCGACGGUGCACGUGGUGGAGGAACGCAGCCACGCGGGCAAGCAGUUCUCGCCGAGUGAGCUAGGCGAAUGGACGGUGCGCGGGCGAACGGCGCGGGUUGGUGUUCGCAUGCGCCACCUGUUGCCUGGCAACUGGUACGUGUUCAGGGUGGCUGCGGUCAGCGCCAAUGGGUCUCGCGGCUACUCAGCGAGCUCGCAACCCUUCACUCUGUCCGUACCUCCAGAGCCUCCGCGAGCUCCGUCGAAUGUGAGGGUUGAUCAGCUGGUGCUGGUGAAUGGGACUCUCUGGGGCCAACUGAGGUGGGACCAACCGCAGUCAGAUCUGCCGAUUCAGCGCUACAAGGUCUACUGGAGCACCGCCAUGACGUCAGGACCAACGCCCACGCUCAUGGUUCGUCACCGCACUGUACCCAAGGAUAAAACAGAGUUCAUUCUGAAAAAACUGCAACCUGAUUCUCAGUACUUCUUACAAGUUGAAGCAUAUUCUCAAUUUGGCUCCGAACGCUUGAGAAGUGACAAAGCAAGUCUUCCAUUCAAUACAACUAAUUACAAAACUGAUCACUGGAAGCCUGGUAAACUGAAACUAGUACUAAAGAAAGCGUGGAAGUGGGUGGCGAAUAAGGACAAAGAACUCAGAGCUCAAAUCAGUUGGAAAAGUCCAAAACAGAGUUCGUUAAGACCACAGUACAUGGUGUCAUGGGCGACAACGUCGCAUUGUGUCAACAAAACUGACGUGCAAGUUAUAACGCAGAACACUUACUUGGAGCUGACUUGCCUGCAACCAGGGUGCAAGUACAAGGUGAGGGUUCAAGAAAUGGGAUUCGGCUACUCGAGAGCUGGCAGCCUCUUCAUUACAACACCACACAGCAAAGAUUAGAACAAUUUUCAACUCCAUUUCCAAUACAAACGAAUACUUCAAGCCCAUUCAUUUCAUAGAGAAUAACAUAUAUAAUAUAUUGAUGAGACAACAGAGAAAACGUCGCAUUCGUAAUAAAAAGUACUUGAAUUAUGUACAACAGCUUCUAAAAAUAUUAUUGAACAAUUGUUUCAGCACCAAAAAUAUGUAUUCACGUGAUGACGUGGGAUGGAAAAACCGUAAAUAUUUCCGUUACAAUGUGAAUUAUUCUCUAUGGCGGUUCUUGGAGUAACCUUAUUGUAAGGAAAUACUCAAAAUGAUAGAAUUGAUAAAUCACAAAGCAUAGGUAAUUAUUUGAAAAAUCAAUUGUUCUCAAAUAGUAACUUAGUAUAUUUUUUGUAUUAUUAUUAUUAUUAUAAAUAGCAAGAGUUACUUUAAGUAAUAGAAUAAGAUGGAAUAAAACUAGUACGCUUUAAAAAAUGAGAAAUGAUACUUUAAAAAAAAGGUUUUUUUAAAAAGAGUACUAUUUUAAUUCCAUUUUAUUCUAUUUCUGUAUUAUAAAUUUUAAAGGGAUUACAAACGCUAGCUAAACGUUGAAGUGUUUUCCCUAUUUUCUACUAAAGGACUGAAGGCCAGUAUACUUAUAAUUUUAAUUAUUAGAUUUUACUAUUUUAAAAAAUGUCCUAUAUUUAGGGAGUUUGGUCAUGGGAAUCAAGAUGAAUCCUAUGAGCAGACUGCAUGUUUUAAACUAGAUCUAUUAUUCGAUGAAAUUGAGUUUAAACUUAUCUAAGAAGACUUUGUUAGACUGGUAUGUCAUGUGUUGAUUCUCAAUCAACGACAGUAUAGAAUGCUGUACAAGAGCAAUUCAACAGAAUUAUUUUCCAUGAUAUUGUGGCUCAAUGUCUACAUUAUCUACUAUUAUAAUAUGAAUUUUAAUAAUCGAAUAAUACUAGUAUUAAUAAGUAUUUCUUCAAGAUGGAAAUAUCAUGGUACAGGGGUUUGUUUUCUCCCCAGAAAAUGAAAUGACGAUACCGAAUUCUAAUCCAAUAAGCUGAUAUUAUUCAGAUACAGUAGUUUCUAUUUGUUUGAUUAAUCUUGCCAUAGAAUUAUGUUUUGUUUCACCUGAUAAUUUGUUUUGUAUACCUCU